AUGACGUAUGAUGAUUUUCUACAUACUGUUGGAAGUUUUGGAAAAUAUCAAAAAGUAAAAUAUUUUGUCAUAUGUCUAUCGUAUACAUUACCACCCAUUAUGGUUUAUACAUGGUCGUUUGCAGCUGCUUCGCCAGAAUUUCGAUGUAAAAUACCUGAUAGUAAUGUUGAAGAUAUAUUUACCAAUGAUCAAUAUAAAAAUUUUUAUCAACCAAAUGUAGAUUAUUGUAAAGUUAAUAAAACAGCAAUCUCAGUUAAAGAAUGUCAGCGAUGCUAUAUUAAAACACCGCCAUCUUUACGAGAUAACAAUAAUGCAGAAGUUCAAUCGUGUCAAAAUUAUGUUUUCGAUCGAAAGUACUAUAAAAAUACACUUGUUGAAGAAUGGACAAUGGUAUGCGACCGAGUUUUUUAUCGAUCACUUGUUCAAAAUAUAUUUUUUGUGGGAUAUAUGGUAGGUUCAAUCGUUUUUGGCAUAUUAGCUGAUAAUUUUAUCCUAAUGACAUUUUCUGGAUUUUUAUGUGCAUUUUUUCCACAAAAACGUUUGGGUUUUUGGCCAAGUUAUAUUGGUUAUACAAUUGGUCGAUUUUUACUUGCCUGUGCGACAAGAGGAAUAUCUGUUUCGGGCUUUGUACUUGGAUCAGAAUUAGUUGGUCCAGAUAAAAAAUUAUUUACGGGCAUUGUAAUUGAAUAUUUUUUUGCAUUUGGUCAAUUUAUUCUUGUAUUUUUUGCUUAUUUUAUUCGUACAUGGCGGACAUUAUCAUGGUCAUUAUCAAUAUUUACAAUACCAUUUCUAUUCUUUUAUUUUUUUUUACCAGAAUCACCUCGUUGGAUGGUUAGUAAAGGAAAGUUUGUUGAAGCUGAAAAACUAUUGAGACGCAUAGCUGUUAUAAAUAAACGAAAUUUUGAUCGUGAUGCAUUCGAACAACUAAAAAUUGAACAGGAAAAAAGUAUGAAGAAUACAGCCGAACAAGUUGGUGUACUCAGUUUAUUUCGAUCAAAAAUAAUGUGUAUUAUUAGUAUUAAUUUGUUUUUUCAAUGGCUUGUUCAAAAUCUUGUUUUUUAUGGCGUAUCUCAGAAUACAGGAAGCUGGCCAUUUGAUCCAUAUUUAAAUUUUGCAGCUAGCGCAUUUGUUGAAUUACUUUCAUAUAUUGUUGUUCAUCUUAUUCUUAAUCGUGUUGGUAGAAAAAUUCCUUACUGUGGAUCAGUGGUAUUAUUUGGUAUUGUUGCUUUAACUGCAAUACCCGUAAAUUUAUUAAUGUUAAAAGAUAGUGCCAGUCAAAAGACAAUGAUUUUUAUAAUUAAUGUUGUUUUAAAAUUUUUGGCAUCAUUUUCUUAUGCAAUUAUUUACAUUUAUGCCAAUGAACUAUUUCCGACAAGAGUGAGAAAUACAGGAAUGGGAAUAUGCAGUAUGGUUGCACGUAUUGGAGCUAUAAUUGGUACGACAUGUAACGAUCUAUUGGCCCGUAUAUGGACAGAAUUUCCUAUUGUUCUUUAUGGUAUUGUAUCAUUAAUAGCAGCCAUUCUUGCACUUAUGUUUCCCGAAACAUUAAACAAACCAUUACCUCAAUCGAUAGAAGAUGUCGAACGUAUGGGUCUUGCAUGUAUUCGUAUUCGAGGUGUUCGACAAGCACAAACAGGAAAUACUACAGUACGAAUAGAAGGUGAGAAUGAAGAUAGUUUAUUACGUGAACAAUUGAAAUCGAAUAUAGAUGAUAAUGAAUUAUAA